AUGGCUGCUCGGUCUCCUUUACAACAACGAUCAUCCGAGUCGUCAAUCACGAAUCGCACCAGAACAGUGUCUGAAUCAACGUCCACUUGGGUAAAACUCACGCGACGUUUGACAAGACAAGUCUAUGUAGGUUCGAUGGAGGUACUUCCCGAUGCUGUCGGUAUGGAGCUCUUUCAAGUAGCCGUUAAAGUGCGGGCGCUCACACUGGACUCGGUCCGCAACGGCGGAGGCGGUCAUCGGACAUGGCAAGAAUGGCGCACAGUUCAAAGACUUUUGGAGCUGCAGCGGGAGACAGACAAUCAUAUCGCCCGGAGAAGCACUUCGCGUAGUACCGACCGCAUUUUUGUGGACGGCCGACGCCAUAUUGUUCGCUAUUACACGACAAAUGUGGAAAGCGAGUCUUUUCGUCUAAUCAUGGAGUACUGUCCAGGUGGAGAUCUGCUUUCCCAGCUAAUUAGCAGAGGCGCGUUAGGUCCUCAACCGUCUCACCGAGUCUCGCAGCAAGAAGCUCGUCACUGGGUCUUGCAACUUGCAAGAGGCCUGCGUUAUUUGCACACGGGCGGUAUCGCACAUCGCGACUUAUGUCCAGAGAAUAUUCUAAUCAGCAGCACUGGAGAUAUCAAGAUCUGCAACUUUGGUGCGAGCACCACCCGAGCAACAGAACCUUGUCGUGAUCGCGUAUCUGGCAACUUGCAUUACACAGCGCCCGAAGCCGUGAGUGGCACAUGGUACGACGUCAUUCGUGCCGACGUGUGGUCGCUAGGUGCCGUGUUCUUUGUCUUGCUGACGGGUUUACCGCUGUUGCGACUACCGUUUCCAGAGUGUCGUGGUUUUGAGCUUGUGAAGGCCGUUGGCUGUAAGGGAGUGCUAAGACUGUGGGGAAUGGAUUGCCUGUUCUCGGCUGCUACGUUAGAUCUACUUGCGAAAAUGCUCACAGUGGAUCCGGCCAAGCGACUUCAAAGCAUGAAAGAGGUAUUAGAGCAUCCUGCUAUGCUUGCGACAGCUCGCAAUGAGAUAAUCGCACUGCAGUCAGACACUGACAAAGUUUUGAGAAAGCGUCAAGCGGAGAGAAUGUUAACUGCAAGGCGCGUGCAAAUUGAUGAUGGUGCAUCAUCGAAGUGCGAGUAA